AUGGCUACCGCGCUAAGCCAAAGCCUAGCCGUACAAGCAAUUAAAUUAGUCCCCAAUGGACGUUUUUCCACUUCGUCUCCCAGAUUCGAAAGACCGGUGGGCCGAUUCCCACACCGCCUUCGCCGCUCACUCAUCCUCCGCGCGUCAAACGAAACCAGCAGCAGCGCGACGAGCGGCGGCGUAGGCGGCGCGACUUCCGUGGAGCUGCUGGAGCCGGAGCACGAGGAGCAGCUUGCUGAGGUGGCACGCCUGCUCUCUGUCGCCACGUCACCCUCUGGGAGUGUCGGCAAUGGAAGCGGCAGCGCGGACUUGCGGCUCGGCGAGGCCGCGGCGGGGGAGCUCGUCCGCCAGCUCGAUACCGCCGGGCGCGCUGCGCUUCUGACGGCGCUAUUUCCGGGAUCGAUGGAGAAGCACGACGCGACGCAGGAGUUUCAGGCGGCGGACGUGAACCACGACGGCGUGUUGGACGCGCGCGAGUUCGCGACGUACGUCGAGGCGCAGAACGCCAAGAUGGCGGCCGCCGACCGCCCGCUCAACCUGCACCAGCUCGGCCUGCUCGCCACGCGCUCCGCCAUAGGCAACAUCGGGUUCGGCGUGACAGACAACACCAUCAUGCUCAUCGCUGGAGACAUCAUCGAGGGCACUCUGGGCGCAGCCUUUGGCAUCUCCACUCUCAUGGCGGCGGGGCUGGGAAAUGCGGUGUCGGAUAUCGUUGGCACCGUCUUCCGAGAGUACAUCGAGGGCGCUACAGGCCGAUUCCUGCCGGACGUAAACUUCUCCUCCAAGCAGCUCGCGGAUUCUCGGGCCCGAUGGGCCGAAACGGGCGGCGCAACUGUCGGGGUGACCAUAGGGUGCCUGAUGGGGCUGGCUCCACUUCUGGUGCUGCCUCAGAGAAGUUGCCGUUCAGGGGGUGAGGGAGGGGAGGCGGCAUCUGCUGCUGGGGUGCCUGUGCCAGUGGCUACAGUGGCACAGGUGGCAUAUGAGGAAGGGUUUACUGCUGCAACCACUGCUGUUGGUACUGCGGAUGAGGCUGUCAAAGUGAAAAUCGGAGACUUAAUUAAUAAUGCUAGUGCGGGUGCCAGUGCUACAGCUGGUGCUGCAUUCACCCAGGGCGCUACAGCCCAUGCAUCCAUCAGCGCAGCGCAUUGGAUGGGGCCGUCCCCCUCGUUCCGUCCACCCCUGGCAGGCGCAGUCGGGGAGCGCGGAGGGCUGGGCGUGGCGCUGCUGCUGACACUGUCGGCAUUCAAUGUGGCGCGGCGAGUGAGGGGGGUGUUCAUGAGGAGGGAGGGUGAGAGAAGGGGUGCGGAGAGAGUAGGAGAUGAAGAGAGUCAAACUUAG